UAUAAAUACUGUGCCUUAUCUAUCUCAUCAAUUCAUACUCGAAAACAGAAAAGUAAACACACACAAACUCAAUAUGUCUUCCAACGCCGCCAACUCAAACACCCUGACCGACAUGAAGGAGGCAGCCACCAGCGCCAUGAACACCGUAAGCGAUACCGUCAGCCAAGCCGUGUACGGAGAGAAGUCUACCAGCCAAAAGGCCGCAGACUCUGUUGAUCGCGCAGGAGAUACGGCAGGUCACAAGGCCGAGAAAGCCAGCAAUACCGCUAACAGCGCCAUCAAUGACAUGAAGAACUAAAUGAACAGUCAUUUGAUCUAAGUUCAUAGUUUGAUUAGUUAUAUUACCAACUCCACUGGGGUGUGUAAUUCUAAUAGUUGCGCGAACAACCCCUGAUAGUCUUCCGAGUGCGGACAACAGGUCCAUCUUAAUCUGACUUGCUCUUAAAUAUAAUGCAACAUGCCGACCACGAGCAUA